AUGUACACACUGACGACGCUGCUGCUGCUGCGACGCUCCGUGCCACGUCUGAAUUCACUGAGAUCGGUGAUGACCACGUCGGUGCCGUUGAUUUCAAGGAAAGAUCUGACCUAUCUUAGGCAAGAUGAAGCGUCGAAAAUCGACGAAGAGCUUUUCUCGAAGUAUGGCUUCAAAGUCGAGCAACUGAUGGAGUUAGCUGGAUUGGCAUGCGCGAAAGCUGUUCAUGCUCAGUAUUCAAAAGGAAAGACUCUCGUAUUGUGUGGACCUGGUAACAAUGGUGGUGAUGGUUUCGUCUGUGCCCGACACCUUCAACAGUUCGUGGGUUUCAAUUUGUUCUCUCUCACUGCAGUUGUUGAUGCCCUAGUUUUAUUUUUUUUUUCCUUUUCAAAAAUUCUAUUCUAUUUCAUGUUUUCAUCAGGAAAAUGA